UUUUCAGACGUCAGGAUAAAUAGGAAACGAUUUUCUCUGCGACAUCUUCUGCAAGGUGUGUGGUCCAAACGUGUGCUGGCGCUAACCUGUCGAGAUGGCUGACAACAGAGAGAAAACCACCGAUCAGAUGAAGACAUGGAAGGAGAACAGAGGCUCUCUGAAACCAGAUGUACUGACCACAGCGUCUGGCAAUCCCAUUGGAGACAAGCUGAACCUACUAACUGCAGGACCAAGAGGCCCUCUGCUGGUCCAGGAUGUGGUCUUCACAGAUGAGAUGGCCCACUUCGACCGGGAAAGAAUCCCAGAGAGAGUGGUGCAUGCCAAAGGGGCAGGAGCAUUUGGCUACUUCGAGGUCACUCAUGACAUCACUCGCUACUGCAAGGCCAAGGUGUUCGAACAUAUCGGCAAGACAACUCCUAUUGCUGUCCGCUUCUCCACUGUGGCUGGGGAGUCAGGGUCAGCAGACACAGUGCGAGACCCCCGAGGCUUUGCAGUCAAGUUUUACACUGACGAGGGUAAUUGGGACCUGACUGGCAACAACACCCCUAUUUUCUUCAUCAAGGACGCCAUGCUGUUCCCAUCCUUCAUCCACACUCAGAAGCGCAAUCCCCAAACCCACAUGAAAGACCCUGACAUGGUGUGGGACUUCUGGAGUCUGAGGCCCGAGACUCUGCAUCAGGUGACUUUCCUGUUCAGUGAUCGAGGUCUACCUGAUGGCUACCGCCAUAUGAAUGGCUACGGCUCUCACACCUUCAAGCUGAUCAAUGCUGAUGGCCAACCUGUCUACUGCAAGUUCCACUACAAGACUGAUCAAGGAAUAAAGAAUAUGUCGGUGGAGGAGGCAGAACGCCAAGCAUCCACCAACCCAGAUUAUGCUAUUGGAGACCUGUUCAAUGCAAUUGCCAAUGGUAACUACCCGUCAUGGACCUUUUACAUCCAGGUCAUGACCUUUGAGCAGGCUGAGAGAUACCCGUUCAACCCCUUCGACCUCACUAAGGUGUGGUCACAUAAAGAAUACCCUUUGAUCCCGGUGGGCAAAUUGGUCCUCAACAGGAACCCAGCCAACUACUUUGCGGAGGUGGAGCAGCUGGCCUUCGACCCCAGCAGCAUGCCACCAGGCAUCGAGCCCAGCCCUGACAAGAUGCUGCAGGGCCGACUCUUCGCCUACCCAGACACACAUCGACACCGGCUGGGCGCCAACUACCUGCACAUCCCUGUCAACUGCCCUUACAGGGCCCGUGUGGCCAACUACCAGCGUGAUGGUCCGAUGUGCAUGUUUGACAACCAGGGUGGCGCUCCAAAUUACUAUCCCAACAGUUUCAGCGCCCCGGAGAAUGAGCCUCGUGCUUUGGAGUCCAGGUUCAAGGUGUCGCCAGAUGUGGCCCGUUACAACACCGAUGAUGAAGAUAAUGUCACACAGGUGCGUAACUUCUACACCCAAGUGCUGAAUGAAGACGAGCGCCAGAGACUUUGCCAGAACUUGGCAGGAUCCCUGAAGGCAGCCCAGCUUUUCAUCCAGAAACGCAUGGUGGAGACCCUGAAGGCUGUCCAUCCAGACUAUGCAAACAGGGUUCAGACCCUUCUCAACAAGUACAAUGCAGAGGCCCCAAAGAACGCAAAUGUGCGCGUUUACAGCCGUCCAGGUGCCUCGGCCGUCGCUGCGUCCUCUAAGAUGUGAUGCGUCCAAUGGCCUCUGGAGGCAGCCUCCUCAUUUCACUGAGAGCAAAUGCACUUAUGGAUUGUCAACCACUACGACUAGGAUCAAGAUUUAACUUAACCCGCCAAUUACUACCAAUGGAGAGGCUUCAGUGCUGUUGUAGAGUUGAUGUUUUGGUUAGUUAAUUUCUAAUUCUGUCAUUUCUAGCAGUUAAUUUUGAUUAACCUCAAAAUUCUCAGUACUAGCAAUAUCCAGAAGGCUCGUGAUCUGCAGUAAAAAUCCUGAGAGGUAAAUGUGUCCUGAUUUGAACUGCAGUUUUGGAAAAAAUGAACUGGCUUCUUGGUGUGCAUCUAAUUUUGACUAGUGACUCUGUUUGCACCACUUGACUUCAACCACAUAAUGCCUUUUGAAGUAAUUUAAUCAAUCCAUCCAUCAUUCAGUAAUCAGCUUUACCUGUCUUUUGACUUCUUUGACUUUGAUCACAUUAAAUGAAUUUACCGCUGCAAAUUCCUCACAUUUGUGUGCGCUACUAUGUUGUGAUGAUACACUUUUCUUUAGUUAAAGUGUAAAAACAAAUCAACAUUUAUAUAAUGUUUGCUUGAAGAGGCACGUAUACCUAUGGCUUCACCUGAGACGUACUGCAGUGAUGUCUGAUGUCCGGUUGAAACUGGUGAAACUGGAUUUGCUCUGCAGGAUUUGCUUUCUGUUUUGCUUCACUUUAGUUUUCACUAGAAACAACCUUGGGCUUGUUUUGAUCGUGCUCAACUGAACCACAGACAGGAGCACGGAACUGCAAACCGUUUCAGUUUGUUGAAAAUGGUAAUGGAAUCUUUUUGCCACUCUUACUAUUAGUCAUUUACUUGUGGGGGUGUGGAUGUCUCAUCAGGUAGAGAGCAAGCUUUGAGGUGAACAAUCUUUGGUGCCUUUGUUGUAGGGGAAAAAACUACAAUUUACAGACGAAUUUAACCUUUAUCUGAAAAAAUCAAUAGUCAUCUUCUGUUUGAUUUUGGUCAAAGUAAGUGUAAUUUUCAACAGUGUAAAAGUAAACUGUACAUUAGUAUCAUUGGUAACCUCAAGAUGAAAGUUGUAAAUCUACAGUAAAAUUCACAUUUUGAAGAAAAUAAAUGUUGACCACUAUUGUCCUGUGAAGAGACCACAAAGAUCACCUACAGGAUUAUCCAUGUAACCUGCUAUUGUGUAUUUGUAAACCCUCAAAUGUUGAUCUGAAAAUAACAUAUUUUUUAUGAGUGUUUAAAUUGAGAACCUGCUUCAGAUGAGAUCUGUAUUCAGUGCCUGAAUUAAUGAAUUUGUAAUUAAAGCUUAUCGGCAGCUUUCA